GCCGUUUCGCCGCGCCAGACGAUGCAGUUUGUCGACGUGCGCACGGAAUGGGAUGCCGUCGACGCCGACUUGGCAGGUAGUCCGUCUCCACACAAGCGGCAACAACACUCGAGGUGGCGGGAGCAGUCCAUAGUGCCUGGGAAGGUGUUGCAUUCGAAUGACACGAGGACUUUGGAUCAGCGCCGCCGCCGCCGCCAUAGGCCGCGUAUGGCGCAGACGACCACCAUGGUGCGUCAUGAACCGAUCGACUACUUGGCCCUUCGCCGGACGGAACUCAGCAAACGCGCUCUCAUGCGCAUGAGAGAUGUCGUGGUGCAAGAAAUUCUCGCGCCCACCGCGUCGUUAGAACCUCGUCCUCUCGACAAAUCGACGACGAUUCUUCCGCUGCCGUCUCAAAUGUCAUUUACCCCGGCAGCUCCCAUCGUGUGGCAGCCCACGGCCAACACGGUCGAAGCAUCGCAUGCUGCCCAACUACACCGCGACAUGCAACAGCUCCAUGCCGCGCAGUCGUGUGCUUCCGCCGCCGUUGCCACAGAAGAGGCCAAGGUCCGAGAAGCGCUCGCCGACGUGCGCAAUGCGGUGGCCAGCAUGUACACAUUCACCCCGACGUUUCGCAUUUGGUCGAGGUUCAAGACAUUGUCGGCGAUCGAGCGAUGGCAGCGGUUUGUGACGUGGCAUCGAGAGGAAGCUGCCCGCCUCAAGGCACUGACACAUUUCGGAGUGCGGAUCCAGCGUGCAUUUCGACGACGCCGCGGGCGGCUCGCCGGGUUUAUCGACCGCGCCGCACUCCGUCACGCGGAAUGGACGUCUGCUAUUCGCGUCCAAUCGUGGAUGCGACGACUGCUGGCCACACAUGAAACCCACCGGUUGCGUGAAUCCAAAGUGGCGACGCUGUUGCAAAAGAUAUGGCGGGGCCGCGUGGGCCGCGCAACGGUUAAGCACAUGCUCAGAGAACGUCUUCGAACGCGGCUUCGGUACUUGUCCCCCACGGGGUCCCUCCAUCGACUGCGAGACGUUGCCAUGUACCGUGGGGACAUGCGACGUACACUGGAGCGCAUGUUGACAUUGGUAGAGGACGUGCACGUGAGUUUUCGGCGAAAUCCGUCGCCCGACAAGCAAGAUCAACAGGACAUGCCAGACGACCUGCACAUGUCGUCGAAAGCCGUGUCGAUUCCAGCUUGGUACACCGCUAUCGCCGACCUCAACGCGCUCAUCGCCGCUCGCCACAUGGAAAUCGAUCAGGCGAAACGGCAAUAUGAAGCCCAUAGAGCCCUUCGCGCGGCGGCCGCGCGGUCCCAGGAUACUGCGGACAAAGCACAUGCGUUAGCCGAUGCCAUUGCACGUGUGCAUCGGGCAAACGAGUUGAUCGCCAUGUAUCGGGAAGACUGUGAAUCGAUAGAGUGGGUGCGGUCGCAACGUGUGGCCGAGGUCGACUGUGUUCAUCGCGCGGCAAUUCGAGACAAGCGGAGCGAGAAGGACGCGUGUAUGGCCAUGCACAUGCAGGAGCUGCAGACACGGCACUAUAUCAGCGAACAUAGAUGGAGAGAAGCUGACCGGAGGCGACGAAGGGGCGAAGUGGACAAACUCGAGGCGAUGCGGCACAUGGAGGCGGACGCGGCGGCGGCACGACGGCAAGAAUACGUCAACACGAUGAUACGCCAGCAAGAACUGCGUGUGCAGAUGGAAACGGACCAAAAGCACCAGCGCGUCCAGGCGUGGCAGCUGAAAACCAAGGAGGAGCUCGUGGGGUUGUUUGAACGGAUGGAGGCUCGUAAGAUCGAGAACGAUCGGGUUAAAGCCGAGCGCAAGGAGCUCAAGCGGGCUCGGCAGCAACAAGCGCGUGACCGAGCGGCAGCGUUGGAGCUGACCCGCAUCGCGCGAUUGAUGGAGCUGGAUCGACAGCACGACGAGCGCUUGGCCAUCGAGGCAGAGGACCGCUUGAUGCGGGCACUGUUGAGCCAACAAAAAAAGGCCGACGAGGCCAAAGUGUGGGACGCGAUGCGGAUCGAAGCGAAUAAAGCUAGGCCGGAUCCGUUGGCGCUCCCGCCUGAUGUGUUGGCGGCGCGGCAAGCCGUGGAACGAGAGCGUCACGCGCAGCUUUCCAUGGCCGAGGAGGAGAGUCGUACCCGUGUGUAUGUAGACGCCAUGGCCAAGGCGACAUUCUUGCACCAGUGCAAACUGCGAAAACGUCAGGUCGAGUUGGACCACAAAGCCGAAGCCAAAGCCCGGAUGGCGAUGGAAAGAGAAGAACUAGAUGAGAUCACACGACUCCGCAAGAUCGCGAACAAGAUCGCGUACAAUCAAACGCUCAAGCGCAUGCAAGCCGCCGACGAAGCGUACCGAGCCAAGCAAGCGGAAAAGCUGUUUGAAGCACGGUGUCGAAAGCUCAUGCACAACGAAGAGAUGCGACUGCAUCGGUUGUACACGGAAGUGCUGCACCGUGAACGACUUCGCGAGCGCAAGGAACGCCAUUUGAUGCACAAUGAAGACAUGUACAUGCAACGUAUCCUGGACGAGCGCGAGAAGCUGCGUCUACGGACAAUGGAGAAAACUCACCGAGUUGAGAUGGCCGUCGAGGAUGUACGGAGCCACCAGUGGCAGAGCUUGGAAGCUCAAGCCACUAGUAUGGGCCUGGCGAUUUGGUCGGCCCGCGAGCUCAAAACUCUGGCAGCCCAUGUCCAGCACUUCCCCAACAUGUUGCGGGCGAACAUUGUGCUCAUGUCUUCCAUUAUGGGGCAAAAGCGCGACCCGCCUUGGAAAGGUGUGCGGUGGACACUGUCGGAUGACCCUACGCCGGCAAAUGAGGUUGCCAAGUCACAUGCGAGGGACAUGUGGAGUCGUAUUCGGUACCUGACAACUAUUGUGUAUAUAUUGAAUGGAGCGCCGCCACAUUUGUGUGUUGGUAGACACAAAUAUGCCAAGCGAACCGUCGCUGCCACCGAAGCCAAAGCUGGCGCCGACGCGUUAUACGCUGGAGACUUGCCCCAAGCGCUGCGGUGGCUGCGCAUGGCGUUCCGCGAUGGGUACAAAGGACCGACGUUGCUUCGUAACAUUGCCAAAUGUUACGUCAAGUUGUACGAGGCGCAUCUGCAUGACAAUGAUUUGAGCACAGGCUGGUCGUGGUAUGUCAAAGCGUGUGAGCACUUGGCGUUGCAAGCGUCGCCUUCAUUUUUGGACGAGAUGGCGCGUGCAUUGUACUUGCUCUGUCGGUUCCAGCACGCCGCGGAAAUUCUCGCCCGGAUCAUUUACAGCUUUCCCACGUAUGUGCGGAUGCCGACGGUGAUUUUCCGCGCGGCCAUGCUCAUGUGGCACUUGGGCUUGUACGAGCAAAGCACAGACUACCUGCUGCACCUGUUGGAGUCGCCGCCGGCGCCGUGGACAGACCUGGACCUGAUGUUUUUGAUUGCGAGGUUAUACCUGUUGGAUGAAAAUAAAGCGCACGCGACGUUUGCCUAUGACGAUGCGUUUCGACGGUAUCGGGUCCAUGGGUUCCAUUUUCAGUACCCGUCGUGGAAGGCGUGGGUGGGGGACGCCGCCGUGUGGCGGCAUUUCGGGGCCAAAGCAUUGGCCGCCAAUGAAUAUUUGGUUGCAAAGGACUUGUACCAGCAAGUGAUCAAGCGCCGACACGACGAAGUCCAGGUCGAGCACCGGCAAGAGGUUGGUAUUUUUGUUGGAAAGCAUCGAGAUGGUGUCGGAUAAUAUUGACCAGGAGCGCGAUUUGGACUGGUUUCACUUGGCCCAAUGCCAAAUCAUGCUCCAUGAGUAUGUUCCCGCAGGACAAACCGUGGCGCAUUGGCUAGAGGCGGUACCAUAUGCCGAUCGUGUCAUGGCAAGAUGCAAAGCGUGGCCGCGGGAAAAGUGGACCUCCAUGGGGGUGGUUGUUCCAGCGUGGGAACAACAAGACUCGACGGGGGUCGUGCCAAAGCGGGCCACGGCGACUCCACCGCUCAAACGAAAACGCAAACCACUCGCAAAAGCACGCAAAAAACGCAUGCGGCGGCCACGCGUCAAGUACACGUCGACCGCAGAACUGCGUCAAUGGGUCCAAAUCGACGACACCAACACAGGCAAGACGUUCUACUUCAACGAGAAGACUUUUGACGUAUCGUGGACGCGGCCGACUUAACUACCGAAGCAAUCCCGUCAACAAGGACGAGUCGUCCCGGGGUCGUUUCUUGGUGGCUAGUUUGGCGUCGAACCCAGGCCAAAAGUGAAGCGUUUCGUCGGCACUUAACGUGGCUACGGCACUGCCGUCGGGAGAUGCCGCCAUGUUCAAGAUGCGACGAGCGUGGCCCCCAUAUUCCUUGAUUAAUGCCAUCCCGCCAACGUCCCACAACUUGAUUGUGUUCGACACCGGUCCAUGUGACGAUAGCAGCUGUUUGCUGUGGUGGAGCUCGGGCUGGGACCACACGAGUCCAGAUACUUGGGACAUUGUGUCGACGGAGUGCUGAAGUUUGCAGGUGCGUUCGGUGAUACGCCAACGUUUAAUGGUUUUGUCGCUCGAACCGCCGCCAGUCGCUAAAAUGCCAACAUCCCAAGGACUCCAUCGGAGAGCCUUCACUGCGGCCGUAUGGGCGGUGAUGACAUGCAACGGCGUCGUGCGGGAGAAAUCUUUGGACCAAACGCAGGCAACGUGGUCGCUUCCGCCUGACACGAGCAUGCGCUCGUCAGGGGACCAUUCCAGGCCGCAUAUUUCACCCGUGUGAUGACGCAGCAUCGUGAUCUGAUGGUUUGGCAUCCGUGGGUCGUGGUGGGCAAUGGUGUUGUCCAGAGACCCGGUUGUCAGCGUAGGGCCUCUCCACGCCAUGCUACCAACUCGCGCAAUGUGUCCACCAAUUCGCGUAAUGCAUUGUUUAGUCUGGGUGUCCCACACUUGCGCUGUUCCAUUGUCGAUCCCAACCGCGAGCAAGUGUCGGUUCGACGAUAUCCCCCAUUUCAAAGAAGUGACAAUGUUGUUCCGGUACGACACGAGUUGGCUGUGGGACUUUUUUCGAUGGUCCCAAAGGUGGACUGACUUGCCCAACGCAAUCGCAAGGACAUCCAUUUCACCCCAAUCCAGCAGGUUCAAGUAGAAAUCGUUUUCCACCAUUGGUGCAUCCAUAAUUCGUAAGGCGGACACUGUCUUGACCACUCCUGUCUCAACGCGACGGACGGAGGAUGGAGUCGAGCCUUGUUCCAUCCGAUUCGCAGCAUUCUUCGUGAGCUUGUAGACGGGUACAGC